GUUUAAAAGGAAUGAAAUAAUAAAUGAAUGAAAUGUUUGUUAAAAGCACCCGUUUUAAACAACUGUGUCAACUACUUUUGUCCCUGAUUGUCUGAAAUAUGUAUCUGUGUUUUCCGGCUUGACGCUGCUGAAUUUUUGUGCGAUGACGUUACUCUAUGGGCCAAAUUGUUUGUUUUUAAAUAUCAAUUUAUAGAGUUUCGUCCUGAUUUGUAGUAUGCGUAGAGUAAAAUGUACGAAGCGUAUGUCAUUACUUAAUCUUGUACCCCGGCGCGCGUUCCUGAUACCCUGUCGGGUCGAGACGAAAUGAUUUGUGUUGUGAUCAAUGCCGUUGCUGCGGAUGUAAUGUUUUCACAAGUAUUAUCAAUAGUGGAAAAAGGAUGGAAACAUUAAGGUACAAUGAAAAUUGUUCUGGUAAAUGGUUAACUUAAGCGAAUGAAGUACUGCAGAGUAACAGAGGGGACAUGCAAUAUUUUUGACAUUGACCUUUGCCAUUAGUGAAAAGACGUGAACAAUAUACAGGUUAUGAACCUCAUAAAUGAUGGGCUAGCCGUUUGUGCUGUGCCCUACAUAUAGAUGUGUUUUUUAAUUUUUUUGAGACCUUUUCUAACCUAACUGAUCCAAACCUUUAGCGUAGGUAGGCGUCGAGGUUAGGAAUGUACUUUGGUAAUGAUUUUACAGGACCGCCUGCCAUUUAUUCAGUGGCAUGAUUGUUUAUUGAUGUUGGACGGACAACUAUUUCAUUUCCCAGCUCGUAAAUCACAUAAUGCCAAAUAAAUUGUUUUCAAAAUAGACAGACCAGUUUGUAUCAUCGCCAAAACAGCAAUGACUUUGGCCCAGAAGUUCACCUGAUGACAAGCAAAGCGGGAUAACACGUGAUCGAUGACGGCCGUGCGCUGGAAAAUUUUCCUUUUUUAUGCGCUAAUUCCUCACAAAAGGCAAAAGAAGAUUCCGCUAUGUAGAAAGUGCUUGGCAAUACGUAUUCUUGGCGAGAAAAAUUCCAGCGAUGUGGUGCAAAUAAGGAGUUUCAACGGUUAACCACGAGAAUACAUAUCGACAUUAAGAGGUCAUAACAGACUAAUAUUACUUUCCGUUUGCCGAAACGUGGUUAACCGUUGUAACACGAAGGAAGCAGUGUUUUCCUCAGUUUGAGCUGUCGUUUUCUUUGAGAGUCAAAUACCAGUUCACGUUUUAAAGCUCUCUUUUCAUUUUCUCUGCCGACAAUACACAAAAACACAGGGUUUCGCUUGAGAAAUGCAGUCGAAAUACACAGACAUAUGCGCUUAUGUCACGCUAUUUGCGUUGCGUUAUCAUGUCACACAGGGUGUCACGAGGUGAGAUUGAAAGUAAUUGUUUUCGUGUACACUUGCAAUGUUUGCUACGCUGUCCUUAGUUUUUUUAUUGAAUUGGCCAUGAAAUUACCUUCACUUUUCCGUAGUUUCGAUAAUGAACGCAGUGACGGCCGCUCCUCACUAACGCUCCAUAUUUCCGUGGCCGGCCAGUGACUAUCCCCACUACGUGUCAAUCCUUACCCUAUCCGUGAUCGUUUGGGCCUUAACAAUAGGAUAAAGUGAAGAACGAGAAAUAUCCACUUUAUUAAAAAUAUUUUCAGUACGCACCCCCUUGAAAUUCAUCAAAAGUUGUACAUAGGCGCGAGAUUCAGCGUCAGCUUUUAGCUUGUAAACCAUAUCGACGUUAAUUCUGGAUAUCGCAGCCCUUUUAUUACGUCAUCGCGUAAUUCGAAUUGGCCCUAUAAUUCGGUCGCGAAUAAGUCUAUGUCACCCCCACCACCAAUAACAUAAUUAUGUCAUUGAUUCCUUUAAUUUCAGUUAAAAUCAGUGUUAUACACGGCUCAACUUGUGUGCAGUAGCACAAUUUUACAUUCAGACAAUGAGGGACAAAAGUGUUGACACAGUUCCGUAAAAUGGCCCCUUUUUGCAUAGUGGAUAUACUUAUCCCCUUCCCCUGUCUACCCCAACCCCUUGCCCCCAAAAUCAAUGUUGAAUUUUGGACCCUCAAGUCUUUUUUUUACUUCAGACAACAUUGAUUCGGGGGGGUCGGGGGAUUUACGGCGUUUAAAAGGAAUGAAAUAAUAAAUGAAUGAAAUGUUUGUUAAAAGCACCCGUUUUAGACAACUGUGUCAACUACUUUUGUCCCUGAUUGUAGUUGCUUCUUCUUUUUAGAAAAAAGGAGCCAUCCUCUAUGGGUGUCCGUAUUAAGCAGGUUAAAUUUUGAGAAAAUGCAAGGGCUUUCUUUCCCCAGGGACAAAGCAAACUGUCCGUAAUAAUGAAGUGUCCUUAGGACUGACAGUCCAUAAACUGUAGCUGGGCAAGCUCCCAUAGGUGGCCAUGUAACCCACACAUCUCUUGUGGCCACUUAUACAGUGAAAGUAUUCACCUGGCUAUAAAGCUAUUACAAGAACCUCCACACCUGAAAGAGAUCAAAGAUGCCAUUUUGAAUAGGCUCAUGCAAAACUAGCCUGCGAAAACAUCCGUUUCUCCUCGCUCUUCGCCACUGGGGACGUUUCGCGCAGAGGAACGUCUGCGACUCAGCGACAGAAAUUCCAUACUGAUGACGUAAAAUCUGUCCGGAAUCUGGUCAGAAGCGCUGAUUGGUCGACAGAGUAGUUACAUUGUUUUAGGUAUUGUUUACGAAUGACAGACAAGAGACAAAAGGCCAUAAAGGUCAAAUGUAAACGCAAAGAAUCUCUAACAAAACAGUCAAUAUUUGUGGCAUAUAGUCUUCUCUAGAAGAAGCAUUUGAGUUUCGCUGGAGCUUGUUGGCAGAUGAACAGAACACUUUACCAAAAUCGACCAGGAGACACGUAAAAUUGGACAAAUUUAUAUUUGGAACCCCAUAGCUACAGGAUUUAUUAUGUAAACAUUGAUUUGCGUCAUCAGUAUGGAAUUUCUGAUGCUCGGUCCCGGACGUUCCUCUGCGCGAAAUGUCCCCAGCGGAGAGGAGCAAGGAGAAACGGAUGUUUUCGCAGGCUAAUGCAAAACACCUGUGUGAUUUUUUCAGUGAUAAAAGUGAAAGUAAAACCAAGAAAAGAAAAGUAUCAGAUUCCACAACCAACAGUGAAACAUCAAUCGAUCCUCCACUUCCAAAUGAAGCUGGCGACGAUGAUGAUCCCAGCAAAGAAGAUGAUGUUAACCCACUUGAAGAAGGUUGGGAAGCAUCUUCCAUUCUCGGAGCGACAGAUGUUGAAGGACAAGUUCAUUUUCUCAUACAAUGGUAAAUAGACAUUUUUAUUGUAUAUGGCUGAAUCCUCGAGCUGGUAAGAUGAAGUGAAUCCUGCCCCCAUAUUGGCUACCCAAGUGCCAUCUAACCCACUUGGGAUUCCCUGCAUUGGUCCCACAAAAAAGUUCUCUUUUUGGCCAUAAUAUUAUAAAUCCUUUAUCGACCAAGCUUGUUCAGUCAAGAUGGCUGGAUAUUGGCCUUGUUCUUUCUUGCAUUUUUAUGGUGGAGCUCCAUGCGCACACAACCACGCAUGAGUGGAACGACAUACCUAAGAAAAUUUGGUUAUCUAUCCAUCCAAGAAAUUUUGGUGAUCACGUGACCAUACACCCGUCCACCCAUCCGCACCACAGAGAAACCAAUGUGAAAUGUCAAAUUUUCUAGCUAGUGUGGGAGCCUGUUACCUCUGUUUAACUUGAUAAUAGACAUCCAUAUUAUGGUCAAUUGACAGGUGUCACAACUUGGUAUCCGCUGACCAGUGUCACAUGACCGUAUUGCGGGCUUAGGAGCCAACUCGUUGAGGUCACGUGAAGUUUUCCACUGACCAGUUGUUAGCUUUUAAUUGAUUGUGGCCUCAAGUUUGUUUUUCAGUCAUAUGGUUUUCCCAUAAAGUUGAAUAUAGAUUUGUGGUCUUUUUAAUAGUUUAAAGUCCAUUGUCUGUAGUAAAUUUAAAGUGCAUAAACGGGAGCUUCGCUUUUAGCUAUGGCUAAAUCUAUAUGCUUGUGCUAAUUUUUCUCUUUUAGGAAAGGUACAGAUAGAGCAGACUUAAUCCCUUCCGCCACAGCUAAUGUCAGGUGGCCACAAAUAGUUAUCAAGUUUUAUGAAGAACGUGUCACAUGGACCCAGAACAAUGACAAUGAUGGAGACAGCUGA